UGCCAGGCUCUCCUCUCACGCACACACACUGGCCGUGUCACCCGCACACACACGGGGGAUCUGCUUCCAGGGGAAGGGCACGAUGAGUCCCGGGCUGCCGCCGUGAUACUGAAUGGAUACAGCCGUGCCCGGGCAGCGUGUGGCCCCCACCAGAGGCCGGGCCGCCCCUGCUUUCCGGGACAUGUGGCUCCUCUGUCUCAUGUUGGGCUCCGUAGAAGGACAACUGAUACCUGGGAGCAACAGUACAAGAUGUAACUCCCCUGGGAACUUCAUGUGCAGCAGCGGGGACUGUAUUCCUGGUAGCUGGCAGUGUGAUGGCUCCCCCGACUGCUUUGACAAGAGCGAUGAAAAAGAGUGUCCUAAAGCCAAAUCCAAAUGUGGCCCAAAGUUCUUCCCCUGUGCCAGUGGGAUCCACUGCAUUAUCGGGCGCUUCCAGUGUAACGGGUUUGAGGAUUGUCCUGAUGGGAGUGACGAGGAGAACUGCACCGCUCACCCCUUGCUCUGCUCCAGUUCUCGAUUCCACUGCAAUAACAAGAUGUGUAUAGACACAAGUUUUGUCUGUAACGGAAAGAACAACUGUCGUGACAACAGUGACGAGAAGCAUUGCCCGAACUCACAAGAGGGCGCCAGCGAGCAGGAGUACGUGUCGUCUGAGAUCCAGCUUCUCUACUACCCCAGUAUCACGUACACCAUCAUCGGGAGCUCGGUCAUCUUCGUGUUGGUGGUGGCUUUGUUGGCCCUCGUCCUGCACCAUCAGAGGAAACGUACCAACCUCAUGAGUCUCCCUGUGCAUCGGCUGCAGCACCCACUGCUCCUCUCCAGGCUGGUGGUCCUGGACCACCCGCACAACUGCCGAGUCACCUACAACGUCAACAGCGGUGUCCACUACGUGUCUAGUGAGGGCUAUCAGCCGCCGGUGAACAUUGAAUCUCCGCCGUCUUAUAACGAGGCAGUGCUGGACGACAACUCCUGCCCUCCCUGGUUCUCCCUGCCGCCACCACCGUAUUCGUCAGACCUGGAAACCUCCAGCCAGACAGAACUUCCUCCGUACCGCUCUCGAACAGGCAGCGCCACAAGCAUGGGCUCUACGACGGGCAACACCCUGGACACACCCAGCAGCUCGUGGGAUUCGCCUAGCCCCUCUGAAGCGCAGGAAACAGCGUCGUCCCCCAGCGAUUCUCAGCUAAAUAUUGUGCUGGAGGUCUGAAGGCUGCGAAACCCACCUAGAGUGAAGACGGUUCUACAAGGCACUCUAGGGGGGACGACGACAAAAAGACACUAAAAAAGUUUCAUAGGUUGGUCUGUGGCCUCUUGUUACCAGCAAAUGUCCCUUCUAUUUUUCUAGAGUUCAGAGGUAUAUUUUUUUAGAUGUUUUCUCUCCUUCCAUUUGUAUUGUUUUCAUGUUAUUAUUGUCGCUGUUUUUUUUGUAUGUUUUCCUCUAAAAGCAAUAAGGCACUUAGACCAGACCAGGAUGUAGAUUGUGUGGUUGGUACAGAAGAUUAAACGCGGGCUACAGAAUGGCUCAAAAUUGGACUUCUUCACAAUGCACUUCUCUCCUUCAAACCAUGGAGGAAGCCAUCCUAAAACGACUGUCUCCCAUGCAUAGAUUGCCAUACAAGUUAGAUCAUGGAUGCUCAACCUGCGGCCCUCCAGCUGUUGUAAAACUAUAACUCCCACCAUGCCCUGCUGUAGACUGUCCGGGAAUGAUGGGAGUUGUAGUUUUGCAACAGCUGGAGGGCCGCAGGUUGAGCAUGCCUGAGUUAGAUAAAUGUUGGACAGACCAUUGCAGGUAGGACUGGCCAACCAUUUAGAGUAUAGUUGGGUGUCAGAACUUUCUCUGACUAGAGAUGUUGGGGUGGAAAGCAGGGUCCAGCAUGUUGGAUUCCAGCAUGCCGAUCCUUUCGGGUUGCAGAU